GAAUGUAACCUAGAACUAGCUCCACCCUCGACUAUUCAGUCUUAUUACGUGUGAGGACUAGUCCUGUUACGAGCCUGAAGCAUCUGGAAUAAGACUUUCUCCCUCCUACCUAUUCAUGAAGAAAAAUAAGACAUUGUUCUUUGCUUUUUACGCAUGAAUUUACAGACUACAGGCGCAUGCUUUACAACUCGAAACUUAUUUUCGGACGAGAUUCUACAGCCGCAUUGAUUGCAAAGGACUAAAACUAAAAACUAAAGAGGUUGGUGCUGAAUACAAAGUGAUACGGUGAUCACAUGUUUCGCUUGCAUGACUAAUUAAUAUCAGUACUCAAUCUCGCGCUCUCCUAUUUUUUUUAUAUAUAAACUAUGGCGUUUAGAGCGAGAGCGUUGUACGACUUUAGUUCCGAAAAUCCAGGAGAGAUAUCGAUUACUGAAAACGAAGUUGUUACUUUGUACAGCGAACAAGAUGUCGAGGGAUGGUUAGAGGGGACUAACAGCAGAGGGGAGACGGGUCUUUUUCCAGCCUCAUAUGUGGAGAUUCUCACAAAUGAUUCAUCUGACAUCUCCUCCAACAACAAUGGCAUGUCGGCAGAUCAUGGUCAAGCCGAGUUGCCAUCAAGUGGAUAUGAUUCAUCAUACCAUUCCCAGUCCCACUCUCGUGCUGAGAGCAUUACAGUCCCGAACCCUUCCCACUCUGCUUAUCCUGUGCAAACUCCACAGCACCACAGUUACCCGACCAGUCAAGGUAGCGAUGACGACUGGGAUGAUGACUGGGAUGACAGCUCGACUGUGGCGGAUGAACCUGGAACGAUACAUGACAAUGAUGGAACUAGUUCCACAGCAUACACGGUCACUACCAGUUUACCUGAGAGACGUAGCAGUGCACAAGCCAAAAGUUCAGCCACAGUGGGUAAAAACCUCAACAGGUUUUCAACCUUUGUGAAAUCAGGCGGAGAGGCUUUUGUGUUGGGCGAGGCGGCUGCCUUUGUCAAGGACGGGGACAAGAUCUGUGUUGUCAUGGGCCAGUAUGGGCCAGAGUGGCAAGAAGACCCAUAUCCAUUCGCCUGCUCUAUCGAUGACCCCACCAAACAGACUAAAUUCAAAGGCAUGAAGAGUUACAUGUCAUACAGACUAACGCCCUCUCAUACCCAGAGCCAAGUGAAUAGAAGGUACAAGCACUUUGACUGGCUCUAUGCCCGCCUAGUGGAACGAUUCCCUGUCAUAUCAGUCCCCCAUCUGCCCGAGAAACAGGCCACGGGGCGCUUCGAACAGGACUUUGUCUCCAAGCGCAGAAAAGGUUUAAUAUGGUGGAUGAACCACAUGACGAGCCAUCCUGUCCUGGCCAGGUGUGACGUCUUCCAGCAUUUCCUCACCUGCCCCAGCACAGACGAGAAGACGUGGAAGAUGGGCAAGCGAAAGGCGGAGAAGGAUGAGUUGACUGGCGCUAAUUUCUUCCUGACCAUCUCCACCCCGGCCGUUCCACUGGACCUACAGGAGGUGGAGAGCAAAAUAGACGGUUUCAAAGCCUUCACCAAGAAGAUGGAUGAGAAUUGUCUGUUAGUCAACGCUACCAUCAACGAGUUCGCCAGGAAGCAGAUCACCGGCUUCAAGAAAGAGUAUCAGAAAGUGGGCCAGUCCUUCAAACUGCUGGGCCAAGCCUUUGAGAUGGACCAACAGGCCUAUUCCGUAGGACUGAACCGUGCCAUAGCAUUCACAGGAGAGGCCUACGAGGUUAUAGGAGACUACUUUGCCGAGCAGCCCAGACAGGAUUUGGACCCCAUAUCGGACCUGCUGGACCUGUACAAGGGACACCUGGCCAACUACCCUGAUAUCAUCCAUGUUCAGAAAGGUGCCCUUACCAAAGUGAAGGAGUGCCAGAAGCAGGAAGGGGAGGGAUCAACCGUCAACGAGCGUUGUAACAUCAUUUCCUGCGCCACGCUGGCUGAGAUCCAGCACUUCCACCGUACGCGCGUACGUGACUUCAAGAGCCAGAUGCAACACCACCUCCAGCAGCAGAUCAGCUUCUUCCAGAAGAUCACUGGGAAGUUAGAGGAGGCACUGCAGAAGUACGACGAAUACAUAAUAUAAGGGACCUGAGGAAAGGAGGGUGGCUACAGAGGGAUGGAGAGAGGAUGGCGGGGACAGAGGGAGAGAGAGGAGGGGGACUUAGAGAGGGAAAGAAAGAAAGAUGGCUAGAGAUGAUAAAUAAAGUGCCCCGGAGGAGAUGGGGCACUUGAAUGACUUGUUCAGUUCUCCGUGACCAGAUUAUUCAUCCAUUCUACAGUGGGAAGUGAGUGGAUAUAUGCAGGUGAUGCAGUGACGAAUGGGGGAAAAUGGGGUAGAAAGAUACUGAAGACACUCCUUCGUUGACGUUGUUGUCCGCAAAACCUGAUCACGUAGUCUAGCUUGACGGGAUAUGUUAAGUCAUCACAUACAAGACGUGUCAUUUAAUGAAAUGAGUGCGAUGUCUUCCAUAAGAAACUGUAUAGAAUUGCAAAGAUAUCUCUUAAAAUACAUGUUUAACUGUUGCAUUGAAUCCCCCUUAUUUGCCUUUUUCUCUGAACAAAUAUAACAAUUUCAGUUUCAUGGCAAA